UAGAGUACUUUCGGUUUCAUCCAGCCUCUCGAAUUCCUUCAUGAGAUUUGGCACGAGAGGAGGAGUUGUUGUGACGCAUAACAUUUCCAGUUAAAGACUGCCCUUCUCCGAGGAAAUGGACGGUAGCGAUACUUCAAUCUCACAUUUUUAAAUUCGUUUUCAAAUGUAGGCUAUAUUCCAGCUCUCUUGGGGAUGACCGAGCUCUUCUGGGAGAGUAAGACGACACGAUGUUGGAUCGCCAUGAGUAAAGUGUGUUUGGUGAAGUGAGAAGUACUGCUUUAGCGCCCCCUGUAGCGCCAUGAGGGAAUGUCAGCUGUUCGCUUGUGUUCUGCUGGCUCUAAUCAGCCAGUCAUAUGUAAUAUCAGUUAGUGGAGGUCCGACUGGGAAAGGAUAUUGUCCUGAAAAUGAAUACUGGAAUAAUAAGGGAUUCUGCUGUGAUAAAUGUCAUGCAGGGUUUAAAUUGAAAGAGGAGUGCCCUAAAAACAACACGAGGUCCUUAUGUGUAAAAUGUGAGAAUGGAACCUUCCUAGAGACCGCAAAUCACUAUGACAAAUGCUUCAGUUGCAGGAAGUGCAGCAAAGCCAAUUCCAAAGAGCUAUCACCAUGUACAUUCAGAAGCAAUAGAGAGUGUGGGUGUGAAAUUGGAUACUAUUUCAACAAUCUAAGCCCCUCGGAUUGGGAAUGUUCUCGCUGUAGAAAAUGUGGACCUGGACAGCUGACAGUUGCAGAAUGUGGUAAAAAACAGAAUACAAAGUGUCAAUGCAAAGAAAACCAUUAUGCUGUCCCUGGCAAAAACCUCUGUUUGCCGUGUGCUGAAUGUCAGGAUGAUUGUCCAGACGUGUGCAAAUCCACCACACCUCCUAACAUUUUAGGAUCUUCCAAACCAACUAGUCCUCCAGGCUUAAUCCAUCACAUACUGGUCCCUGUGUGUGCAUGCAUCACGGUUCUAGCAGUGGGAGUGUUCCUGUUAUACGAGGGCAUCAGACUUUGGAAGAAAAAGAGCCGUGCUUUGUCAUCACAGCAAUCAACACCUGUUUCCGAUGAUCAGACAUUGAUUAUCACAGUGGCACCAGACAAAGAACUCGAUGAGAGCGUUCCUUUCACAAACCAGCCGUGCGAACCGGAGCUAAAUGGGAAACUCCCAGACUGCAUCCCAAGAGAGAUCAAAAUUCACGAGUUCUUCUAUUUUGUGCUGGACGAGGUGCCUAUCGGAAGAUUUAAAGAGCUUGUUCGUCGUCUUGGUGUAUCUGAGCAGAACAUCGACAGGGCCGAACAAGACCACAGGAACAGCAAAGAUGCCCAUUACCAGAUGCUGAAGGUUUGGAGUGACAGCGGCAGUGGAGGAGGGAACAACGUUUUGCCAUGGCACCGCAUCCAGAUGUUUGUAGACACUCUGAAGGACAUGUAUUUGGUUAACUGUGCAGACAACAUCGAGAGCAGGUUCCUUUCAAAGGACCCAAGCACUUCAAACUGAGGCCAUUAGAGGAGAAAGAAGAAAGGGCAUUAAAGAGCGAACUUAACCUCCACCAGUUUCCAGUGGAUUCCUUUGAGAAUGGAACAGCUGUUUUUUUGGCCAUGUCAUAUUUCCAGCUGUCCAAAGAUUGCACACUAAUGUUUUUAUGAAUAUGCUUAUGUUCUUUGUUUGUAUGCAAGCUUUUUUUUUUAGUGCUGUCAAAGUAAAUGUAUCUGAAUGAGGGUGGUGGGGCGGUUGGGGUUUGGGUUGUAAUUUUUCAGAUGUGUAUCGGAGAUGACAUAAUCAUAAUCAUAUUCUCUCCAGGUUCACCUUAUCAUAGCACACAUCUCACAAUAACAUGUCCAGGUCACACACACACACACACGCACACACACACUGUUCAACAUUUUAAGGAAGAGUAUUUUUGUUUGUUUGUUUGUUUUCAAGAUUGUGUUCAUUAAGACGACAUUUAUUUGAUCAAAAACAGUCAAUAAAAAACGGUGGUCCCUAGCAGCCUUUACUCCAGUCUUCAGUAUUAAACUUAAAAACCAUAAGGUUCGUAUUCCUUUCAUUGACAUUUCUUACAUAUUCUUUUUUUGGCGGUGACCUGGGUAUGUUCUUGAUGGGUUUCGUGAGAGGCCUUAUUGACCCAAUAAUGCCUCCAACUGUAUAGAUGAAUUUAAUGCUGAUAGUAGUUGUAUUUGCAUGUACAAAACAAAAACAGUUUAUAAUUGCAUUUGCAUUUGAGGGGUAUUUUAUUUAAAAAAUUAUACAGUUUUCUGUUGUUGCAUUAUUCCACGGAAUGAUAUUGAGCUUCAGCUGGAAACUAGCAUUAAAAUUCAAUGCAAAUGCAAAUUAUAAAGCUGAUCUGACCAAAGAUGUUUUUGUUUUUAAAAUUUAAAUUCCUAUAUAAAUAACCCAUAUAUGCUGGAAAAAAACAUGGUUUUUCAAAAC